AAUAAUUGUACCUGUCUAGCAACAAUAUUAUUACGAGAAAAAUCACUUCAAUCUGACGACACGUUUAGGAAAUUCGAGAUAUUAAAAAUGACCAAUUUUUAAGGUUGGCGUUUAUUUCUUGGAGAAGUGUAUUUAUUUAUUAUCUUUGAAAGCUUAUACGAUAAACAGUUUAACUAAUCUUCUCCAACGACGAUAAUGAAAAACCACCUGACACAGAACUCUCCAAUUCGGUUCCGUCAAUAAAAAAGUUGUCGAACGAGGCGCUUGUGCUUGUCCCAAAAAAACCGAUCUGCAAUAUAAAGUUCGUGACUUUGGGAAGUUGUGGAAGUUUUCUAUUGUUGAUGUAAAAUUCUAUUCGACAGUUUCUUCCACCCUUUGAUACGAUUGAGACUAGAGAAGCUCAUGGGCACUAACAUUUGUAGCCUGACCGAUAGAGAGUAUAUGACUAGGCUACAAAUACGUAUACUCGAAGACUAUGCUGACAAAAUGGAUAAACGGAUUAAAACCAGGGAGGCAGAAGAACUGGAAAGAGUAAAAAAUCUUGUAUUAAACGGAACAAUCCCUCUAUGUCAAGCUCCCCCAGAGAUGGCUGAUCAUCCUGUUAUGCUAAUAGAUGCUAUUUGUAACAAAUUGAUUGCUGAACGUAGAUCUAAGAUUAAAAUACCUACAGUUAAGAUUCCAACAUUUUUGUAUUGGGACGAUACUCCUGAUCCUGAAUCUGGUCUUACUAUUCAAAAGGGACACGUAUUUAGAAGUCCAGAUGAGCAGUUGUGUAUAUCGACUGAAAAAUAUUUAGAAUAUACAGAAGAAGAAGAGGAAAAAUAUAUAAUGCCACAAGAAGAGUAUGACAAGAUUAUUUACAUCAAUCCUUUGGUCAAGAAACUGCUUGAAUGCGAGAACGUGGAGGAAAUAUAUGAUCUUGCAGAAGAAAUAACAGGAACAAAGAAACUUGAUGAUCUCUCUAGGUUUACAGUUGAAACUCGCGACACGGUUGUCAGUGUACUUACGAAUUAGAUGAACGGAACAUGAACUAGAAUAAAAUUCAGAUAUACGCACUAUAUAAUAAUAGUCUUACUAGUAAACUAUUUGUGCAAAAUAUAUGAACAAAUUUUCAGUAUAAGAUUUUGUUAUAUGACAUAAUAUGAUAUCGCACCUUGAGAAGAAGACUGCUCCAAUUCAAAAUAUAUCAUUUUACAGGAGAGGCAUUUUAAUGUUUGAAGCAAAAUGUUAAAUGCAAUAGUAGAAAAAAGAUAUUUCUUUUAGCGGAUAUAAAUAAAAAACAACAUCAUAAAUGAAAGUAAGUUUUAGUAUUUUAUUAAAAUACAUCUUAUAAAUAAUUAUACACAUUAUUUUGACUUGGUACUGUUUUCUUCCCAAAAAGAGUUCUAUUUUUUGGUUUUGGUACAGAUACUCAAAAUUACUCCCAUUAUGAUAGUUGUUUAUUAUUAUUAUUUUUCAAACGUAGAGAUCAAGAUUUUACUACAGUAAAACCUGUCAAUAACGGUCACUAAAAAUGACAGAACUAUUGGCCGAUAUAAAAAGGUGGCGGCUAAUACCAGGUUUUGUAGUCCACAAAUU